GCAGCGGGAGGAGCAGAAAUGGCGGACCUGGGGAAGAAGUACUGUGUGAACUGCCUGUCGGACGUGAGCAACCUGCGGAUCCGCUGCACGGACUGCCCGGACAUCGAGCUGUGUCCCGAGUGCUUCUCGGCGGGAGCGGAGAUCGGAAACCACCGCAGAUGGCACGGAUACCAGCAGGUGGACGGAGGCCGGUUCGCCCUGUGGGGAGCCGAGGCGGAGGGAGGCUGGACGGGCAGAGAGGAGCAGAGCCUGCUGGACGCCAUCGAGCAGUACGGCUUCGGCAACUGGGAGGACAUGGCUGCCCAUGUUGGAGCCUCUCGCACUCCUCAGGAAGUCAUGGACCACUACGUCAGCAUGUACAUCCAUGGCAAUCUGGGCAAGGCCUGCAUCCCUGAUAACAUUCCCAACCGCGUGACAGACCACACCUGCCCUGGCGGGGGUCCCCUUUCCCCCAGCUUGACCACCCCUUUACCCCCGCUGGACAUUUCCGUGGCCGAGCAGCAGCUGCUGGGAUACAUGCCUUUACGGGAUGAUUACGAAAUAGAAUACGAUCAGGAGGCGGAGAAGCUCAUAAGUGGGUUAUCGGUGAACUACGACGACGAGGAUGUUGAGAUCGAAAUGAAACGUGCUCACGUGGACAUGUAUGUACGGAAGCUGAGGGAGCGCCAAAGGCGCAAGAACAUUGCCAGGGACUACAACCUGGUUCCAGCUUUCCUUGGCCGGGACAAGAAGGAUAAAGAGCGGGACAAGCCAGGUGGCACUGGAGGAGUUGGGUCAGGAGGUGCUGGAGGCACUGGAUUGACUGGUGGAAAUUCAACAACUAAUGCUCCGACAAUGACGGGGGGCACAGGUUCCGUGACAGCAGCAUCAGCUGUGGCAUCUUCGGCGCCAAAACGCAAGAUCACGAAGGAAGAACGUGAGCAGCGCACAAAGUUGCGGGCGCUGUGCCAGUUCAUGGCGCACAGGGAGUUUGAGGACUUUUUCGACAACAUGCACAAGGAACGGGUUUUGCGGGCAAAAGUACGCGAGCUACAGCGCUACCGGCGCAACGGGAUCACUCGGCUGGACGAGUCUGCCGAAUACGAAGCUGCGAGGCAUAAGCGAGAGAAAAGGAAAGAAAACAAGAGUUCCAAGAGAGGUAGCGGAGGCGGUGGAGGAUUAGGGGGCUCGUCUGGGAUCGGAGGUGGUGGUGCUGGGGCCACAGGAGGCGGGGCAGGCAGUGGAGGGGGCGGGGCCAUCAAAGAGGAAGGGAAAGAUGGCGAAUUUGCAGCUAUCGAGCAUUUACCGGGCUUUGAGCUGCUUUCCGAUCGCGAGAAGGUGCUUUGCAACUCUCUGAACUUGAGUCCCACACGUUACUUAACCGUCAAGACCAUCAUCAUCAAGGACCAUCUGCAGAAGAGGCAGGGCGUCCCCGCAAAAAGCCGACUGCCUGGAUACCUGGACAAAGUGCUGAAGAGGCGAAUCCUCAACUUUCUCACAGAGAGCGGCUGGAUAUCGCGGGAUGCUGCCUAAUAUUGACUCAAGCCUUAGCAACCCUGGAGACUCUUUGUGCUUCUUUUCUACUGUUUUAUUACAAGGCAUCUCACGGACCCUUGAGAACUUGGUAGGAUACAACGGACUUCGAAUCCCCAACGUUCUCAUGGAGUGCGUCUGGAUCUCGUGAGGCGCUGCCUAAUGCUAACUGAAGCUUUAGCCACCCUCACAAAUGUGCGUGCUUCUUUUCUACUGUUUUAUAAAGCAUCUCACUUGAGAAGACUUGGAUUGAGACGUCAGUGUGGCGUCUUACCUCGAUCCCGAUUCUUGUCAUAGGAACGUACACGAGUAGAAAGAGUUUAACUAAAGCAGAAGUAACAUUUACAAGAUUUUGAUAAGCAUAUGAGGUUUCAGAGGAGUACGUCUUUAUAUAUUUUUGCUAAUUGAAAGAAGUCCUCGUUGAAGAGAGCGAUCCUCUGGUGCAGGUUUUCUACGGGUUUUGUGUUGAGCUAUCAUCGAAGGUAACCUAUGCUAAUGUUGUGUAGCAGUGUUGCCCUUUUAAAUUAGCUUCAUUAUGAAUAUGAUGGAGGCUGUUCUGCUUCUCUGAGAAGAAAGCUCCAUUAUAUCAUCCCAAAGAGCAGAGUGGAAGGAGAUAAUAACCUGCAGAACGCAGGAAAUUCAUGGUGCAGCCAAAUUUUUUAGAGAACCUCAUUUUGUUAAAAUACUUACUAUAAGCUUAAUAUGUUCGUCCUGGCAGGGAAUCCGAUGAUGCUAAAGUUAAAGCUGUAGAAAGCAGCCUCGAGCUUCUGUAGAGCAUUCUUUUGAUUUGGCAUUAAAGAUUUUUUCAUAAAAGCAAAGCUAGAAAAAGCGAGAAACCCAAGCACAACGCAUAAAGCAUGUUCUGUUGGCCAAACGUC